AUGGCGGCAUUCGGCACGGAGCGGUGGCUAAAUGACUUACCAAACCAUAUUAUUUUCCAAAAAAUACGAGAGAAGUUGGAGUCAGAACCCACCGCGAAUGAAAGAGGGAUUGAUAAAAACCUCACCUUUUGUUUGGGUGGGGACUUGUUUGUGUGGGAUGACACAGACCGCGUGUUUUACACGACCAACUUGCGACAGCUAAACACGGAUGAGAGUCGCAGUAGCGGGAAAUACCAAACCUUGCUGUGCAUCAACCCUCCUCUCUUCGAGCUGUGCCAGGUGUUGCUAAGUCCAACUCAACACCACGUCGCUCUCGUCGGUCAGCGGGGCGUCUCGGUGCUGGAGCUUCCUCAACGGUGGGGAAAGAGGUCCGAGUUCGAGGGCGGACGGAGUGAGAUCAACUGUAAGACCAUCCCGGUUGCGGAGCGCUUCUUCACCAGCUCACCGUCGGUGAGUCUACGGCAGGCGGCUUGGUACCCCAGCGAGACCGAUGAGCCCCACCUGGUGCUGCUCACAUCCGACAACACCAUCAGGUUUUACGGCUUGAAGUCGCCCCAAACGCCGGCCAAAGUGCUAUCACUGUCACAGUCGGAAGAUGACAGCAGCAGCAGCCAUCCUCCCGCCCGCUCCUAUGCAGCAUCUCUUGGCGAGAUAGCAGUGGCUUUUGACUUUGGGCCGAUGUCACCCCCACUUCGACAGCUGGCAGCACGGAGCUCCAAAGAACAGCUGGUCUACCCUCUGUACAUCCUCUACGAAAAUGGGGAGACUUAUGUGAGCUACACGAGCCAGGCAAAUGGUGUGAGUCUGACAAAACCUGUUGGACCCCUCCCAAUGUAUCCUGCAGCAGAGGAUAACUAUGGCUAUGAUGCUUGUGCCAUUCUCUGCCUGCCAUGUGUGCCUAGUAUCCUCGUCAUCGCCACUGAAACAGGCACACUGUAUCACUGUGUGGUGUUGGAGUCUGAAGAAGAGGAAGAGGCAGGGGCAGUGGAGAAGUGGAGUCGAGGAACAGAAGCCGUGCCAGCUCUCUAUGUAUUUGAGUGUGUUGAGCUGGAGCUCACCCUCAAAGUAGCAACAGGAGAGGAUGAGGAGCCCCAAGAAUUUGAUUUCACCUGCCCAAUCAGACUGCACAGAGACCCCUUAUGCCAGCACAGGUAUCAUUGCACCCACGAAGCAGGAGUGCACAGUGUGGGGCUAAUCUGGGUCAACAAGCUGCAGAAGUUUCUUCAGUCAGGCGAGGAGGAUAAGGACAGUCUUCAGGAGCUGGCUGCUGAGAAGCGCUGUAUUGUGGAGCACAUUCUUUGUACCAGACCACUCCAUACUAGUCAGUCAGCUCCAGUUCGUGGCUUUUUGAUUGUCUCUGACCUUUCCUUGGGUGCCACCAUGAUCUGCAUCACCAGCACCUAUGAGUGUAUCUUGUUGCCCCUGCUGAGCUCCAUUCGCCCUCCCUCCCCUCCCCUGCUCUGUUCUCAUCCAGGUCCAGGCUCUGGGAGCUCCCCUCUGCGCGGCCUGGCUGACGACUCUUUUGAGCAGCACAUCCGCAACAUCCUGGCACGUAGCUCCACCAAUCCUCUUGUACUCAAGGCUGGAGACAAGGACAAAUCACCACCACCUCCAGAGUGUCUCCAGCUCCUCAGCAGAGCCACACAAGUCUUCAGUGAGGAGUACAUUCUCAAGCAGGACAUGGCCCGUGAAGAGAUGCAGAGAAGGGUGAAACUCCUAACAGGCCAAAAGAACAAGCAGCUGGAAGAGUUGACUCUAUGCAGGGAGGAGAGGAAGAGUCUGAGAGAGGCAGCAGAGAGGUUGGCUGAUAAGUAUGAAGAUGCAAAGUAUCGCCAGGAAACCAUUAUGAACAGGGUUAAAAAAGUGCUGGGCAGCCUGCAAAGCCAACUACCAAUACUGUCAAACAGUGAAAAGGAUAUGAAGAAGGAGCUGCAGAUCAUCGGCGAUCAGCUGAAACACCUGGACAACUGCAUUAAACAGGUGAACAUGAAGAUGGAGUACCAGAAGUCGCAAGUGGACAAGGAUGUGCCUGCAGCCAGGACAACAGUCUCACUCAAUGCCCACCAGAAGAAGGUCGUUCAGGAUGUCCUCAGAGAACAGGGACAGCAAAUUGGUGACAUGAUGAAACAGAUCAAAGACAUCAAAAACCAUUUCAGUUUCUAAGGACUGCAGAAAACAGUAAAAAUGUAUUGAAAAAAACGGGUGACAUAAUUCAAAUGUUCUUUUGACAAUGGUGAUUUAAUCUGCCUUUUGGUGACAUUUGGUGAGAAGCUGAAAUGAGUGCUGUAGUUAUAAGUUCAUGUGCCAUGUGUGGGACGGUAAUUUGAAUUGAAAUAUAUUUUAUAUACAUUGAUUUAACUUUACCUUUUAUACUACAUAUUGUUUGUAGGUUUGCGUUCAUAUCUCAAUGUCAAACGUUAAGGUUUGAAUCAGUGAUUUAGACAGAGCAGAAUAUGCGAUGUAUAGGCAGGAAAAAUGGGAAAUAUUUUAAGCUUUUCAAACUGGUUUGUUAACUUUUCGGAAUAAUAAUAAAAGUUAAAGCUCUCUAA